AUGGUCAGAAUGCGGACAAGCGCAAUGAAAAUAAUUUUCUUCUGUCUAUUGUCACUCACAGCGGAGAUAUUGGCUGUCAUAACGGGCCCUGGGACCAACGUGUGCACCAGGCGGAAAAGAGACUACUUCACUAAGUUGGAAUGUGUCUACCAAACGUGGCAGGGAUGCUGUGUGUACAGAACGAUACAGGUAUGCCGAUACACCACCGAAUACUACUGCUGUUCUGGAUAUGAAGAUGUUGGCAACACGUGCACACCUGUCUGUAAUGACGUGUGUCAAAACGGCGGUACUUGCAUUGCACCAAACACGUGUAGUUGUACUGGUGGCCGGUCUGGGAGUACAUGUGGAGAUGUGGUGUGUUCCCAUCUACGUCCUUGUUAUCCGGGCAUAUGUACGCUUCCUAACACCUGCACAUGUGCUACAGGAUACACUAAUUCUGCCAGCAACUGUACACAGAUCACGGUAGCUCCAGCGUUCACAGCCGCUCGAGCUGAACUGGCCUUUUUAAAUGUGGAAAAACAGAUGGACGUUUACAACGUGACGACGGAUUCAACAAACCCAGACUCCGAUCUUCCUGAUAUUUUAUGGACAAAUCUUCUGAAGUUCAACACAUGGGUGGUGGAUAUGCAAGCAAUUUACGAACCCGGCUUUCUACCUUUAGCCCCAAACUAUAUUCCGGAAGUUCAACUCGGGAUUGCAUCAGCCAAUAUUAUUUAUGAACUAAGGGCAUCUGACAACCGUGUGAAAACAUCUGGUACCCAGGCUUGUAGUCCGACUCCAACCACCCUGGCACCUGAACAGGAUAUCUUAGUCUGCCUUUUCACGUUUAACACUUUUGAUUUCCGUGUGGAUCAUGCUGACACAUUCGUCAUUACAUUUUCCGUACAAAGUGGUGGAUUUGAGAAGUUAAAUAUCAUUGACACGACCACUGGAUAUGCCACACUAACUUUCAGUGGAACUGAGAAACUAAAAAGUGUAGAGUUUAGGUUUGAUUACGUCGAGCCCAUUCAUUGUUUCAUUCCAAACUCUAAUCUUACCUGCACACCUACUUCCACGCCACUGGAGAUCACUGAUCCCAUCACAAAGAAUAACGUAACGUUUCUGUGGUCUGGAUGGGUGGACAGUUUGGCCGGAAUGAGUCGUUACGCACUGGAGAUCUUCAAACUGACCAGACAAGGAGACAUACUGCUAGAAGCGGAACCCCUUAAUCCAGAGCUGAUAACAGCAUUCAACGAUACUAGCGUUAAUGACUAUAGUUUUACCUACCAGCCCUCAGGACCAGGAAUGUUCUCUUGUAUUUUAGAAGCAGCUGAUUUGGCAAACAACUCCAGAUAUAUCCGUCGAUUUUUUCUCUACGACCCGGUUUCUACUAUAACAGUAAAUCCCGGAGUGAUGAAAGUAGCCAGUGCCACACCGGAAUCUGGAUACACGUGGCAAGGCAACCAGGAAAAUGGUGCUACAGACAUAAGUGUGUACUGGGCUGGUCAUUUCAUCAAUCAGCUUCAGACUGAUGGAGGGUUCCUGAAUGCCAUUCAGGACUACCCACCUCAAUUACAGGAUCUGAACGUGGACACUACCUUCAAGAAAGUCAUCGACACAACUAUAACUGAUACUAGUAACCGAACGAAUGCAGCUAUUACAAACAUUGAUGGCAUCAUUAAAUUUGAAAUUGUCAGAGAACGCAAGCUUGUUGGAGUAACACCGGAUGUUCCCGUAACUGGCUGGACAACCAUUGAUCCACUGGCUGUAUACUACAACUUCUCUGAUAACGUUAACGGGGGAGAUUGCAUGAUGAUUUGGGUUCGAGCAUAUGACAUCAUGAACAAUAACGCCACCGAUUCCACACAGGUUUGCUUCGAUUCGACCGAUCCAAUUAUCCGCAGCACUAGCCUUGAACUGAACUCACCUUCUCCUGACUUUGAUGCCUCCAGCAGAAUUUUGAUGACAACGUCAGACACACAGAGUGGAAUAGCUUCCAUCCGCCUUUCCUUUUACGACAACUCGACCGGUGACCUCCUGUAUGAUGCAGGCUCCGCAGCUUCAGGCAAUAUCACUAAUAAAACCCAAGCUGAAUGUGAACAGACAGGAGACUGCUAUUGUAUUACCACUGGUGCUUGUUAUUCGUUAAAUUACGAUAUGUACUUCGAUAACUGCUGGUUGUACAAAAAAAAUUUGGACCUGUCCACUCUUGUAGUCAGAGCUUUGCUGACCUCUUACAACCUUGCGUCUUUGUUCACAACAACAGAAAUAAUGAUUACAUCAAUCAACAAUCUAGAUGGAAUAACAACGUGUCCUGGUGAAACCACUGUGGUCACUGUGGCUACUUUAUCAGCUGGGGGCAUCGCUGCCAUUUCUCUCGUAAUAAUACUUAUUCUGGCGUUCAUAAUAUUCGUGCUGUUUCUACACAAGACUGGUCGUCUGAAAAAAGUAAAGGAACGAAGCAUAGAGCGCUUCAGAUCAAUCAGAGGAGGAGCGGACACUGGUUUAGUCGGCUACAAACAGUGGCAGACUGGUGGAUUUGCCGAAGAGGACAUAUACUUGUACGGUACCCAGACAUAUGACACGGCACCCAACUGGUUGAUACAUUCAGAUGACUUGACUCUAGGAAAAAUCAUCGUCGUCGGGAAGUUUGCAAGAAUUUUCGAUGCCAUAUUAAAUAUGGGAGGAAAACAAAGAACAGUCGUUGCCAAAACACUGAAAGAGGACUUCACCGAAGAAGACUCUUUGCUGAUGAACGCAAAAAUCAACUUCUUUGGCAGCAAAGUUGGUCGCCACUUGAGCGUCUUGGAAUUUAUAGGUGCAGUCACGGAGGACCCGAAAAUGGGACCUGUGAUGGUAUUAGAAUACUGCGACAACGGUCCGAUGAACAAAUGGCUUCAAAGAAACAAGGCUUCCGUCAAUGAGUCUAUCAUCGAAAACCUCUAUCGCUUCUCGUAUGACAUUGUUCGGGGUAUGGAAUAUCUUGCUUCUAAAGAUAUCAUACAUAUGCGCUUGGCGGCAAGAAACGUUCUUCUGACCGAUACCCUGGAGGCCAAGAUUAGCGGAUUUGGGCCAAGACAAGGAGAUGAUGAAGAGGAAGGUGGUAAAAAGGAACGUAUACCAGUGAAGUGGAUAGCUCCCGAAUGUUUGGACAGCAAUAAGGCAGCCUCUGAGAAGAGCGAUGUUUGGUCUUAUGGCAUUGUUCUUUGGGAAAUAUUCACACUAGGUGAGACACCUUACCCAAACGUACGAAGCAGGGAGCUUCCGAAGUACAUCAAGUCAGGAAAAAGGCUACCUAAGCCUGAAUACAGUGAUGAUAUUCACUUUAGCCUGAUGUUAAAAACCUGGCAAAAAGCCCCGAAAGCACGUCCUACCUUUAAGGAAGCUCGUCAAGAGAUAGAACAUCUGUUCAGACAGUCAUCGAAUGACCUGUAUUACUAUGACAGCACCCAGCAGUGACAACGUCGUUAAGAGACAAAAGAGAAAAUAACUUUCUGAUAAGGAUUCAUGAAGCAGCAGUUGUUUUCCAUCCAAUCAGGACAGCUGUACUAUAUUGACAUAGGUGUCAAAUACAUGAAUACUGUAAUACAUGUGAGGCCAUGUAUAAAAAGUCAUUUCAGACUAUCUUCGAGAAUUAUGAGUCAAACAGAUUCACUCUAAGUAAAGCUUUUAGUUAGGAUCAUCUUACAACAACAACUGGUGGGAGAUAUAUAUUAUCGAUUUCCUCCCUCUUGGUAAUUGUUCUCUUAUUAAGACAUCGUCGCGUUAUAAAUUGGUUUCUUUAUCAGGACGAUGUUUAUGGUACAAUGUACCCUCGCUAAAUACUAUAAUAGAAUUGCCCUGUUAUUUAUGCACAAUAAGCUGCACUGACAUCAGUAUCAUUUUAUUGUCUCUGACAUCAGUUUAUACUAUUCUGCUCUGACAUCAGAAUCAGACUAAAUCAAUUGUCUCUGACAUCAGUUUACAUUAUUUUGCUCUGACAUCAGAAGAAUCGUACUAAAUCAAUUGUCUCUGACAUCAGAAGAAUCGUACUAAAUCAAUUGUAUCUGACAUCAGUUUACAUUAUUCUGCUCUGACAUCAGAAUCAGACUAAAUCAAUUGUCUCUGACAUCAGAAGAAUCGUACUAAAUCAAUUGUCUCUGACAUCAGUUUACAUUAUUCUGCUCUGACAUCAGAAUCAGACUAAAUCAAUUGUCUCUGACAUCAGAAGAAUCGUACUAAAUCAAUUGUCUCUGACAUCAGUUUACAUUAUUCUGCUCUGAUAUCAGAAUCAGACUAAAUCAAUUACCUCCGACAUCAGUUUAUGUUAAUCUGCUCUUGACAUCAGAAUCACACUAUAUCAAUUGUCUUUGAUACCAGUUUACAUUAAUAUCAUUGGACCUUGACGUCAGAGUAAAUUAAAGGACCCUGACAUACGUGCAUAUUUACCCCUUGCCAAUGGCUUACCCUCAUUAGUAUAACGAAUACUGUCACAAGAUGGCGACUUGGUCAACAUGGAAAAAAACUUAUAUGAUGACAUACAGAGGAUAAACUAGCAUAUUAACCUAUGGUUAUAUGUGAUAGUAAAACUGAUUUAUUAUUGUUAAUUCCUUAUUUCUGUUGACUCAUAUCGAACAAGAGAUUUUGCUUUUAUGUUUUUAAAUGUUAGUGGUGUUUUUCCGUUAAAAAUGGCCAUGGUGUGAUAUUAACGAAUAGAGUGAUAUGAUAAAAAUACUUAUAAUGUAUUAUACACACAGAGUUGAAGUCUUUGAUAAGUUUACAUGUUGGCGAAUAGUCAGAGUUAGACCAACUAAGUCGCCAUUCUAUUUUUAACAUUGCAUAUGUAUGUCCUUAAAGAAAAUUAAUAAUUUAGUAAUUUUGAUUAGAGGUAAAGAAAAGUUUUCCUUGUUAACAGUCAUAGAUAAGAGCUAAACAGUUUUAAAGUUUAAUGGAUAUAUUGUGUGAGGGUGGGGAUGGGGGUUUGGGUUGGAGUGGGAGUGGUUCGGAAGUCAGCCGCUUCCGCUCAUCAACGAUCUUGUAAAAUGAAACGCAGGAUCAUAGCCAUUAAGUAAAGGUGAGAUUUUAAAAUCUACAAGUGGUCGACACUUACCUAGUAUUGUUGAUAAAAACUAGGGUCAGUAUGAAUAUCGUGGAAUAUUCUGUUAGUACAUGUAAGUAUAUCCAUUUACCUUUCACUAUAAACAAUCCCCACAUCUGUUUGUGUAAUAUUUACCCAUUUAUAUCGGUGUAUUAUCUAUCUUUUUCACUUUCUUUGUUAUUUCUGAAUUAGUUUACUGAUAUUACACUAACCUAAUGGAACAUAAGCUUAUAUGAUACAAAGCGAGCGUUGGUAACAUCACAAAAAGUAUAUUCAAAGUCUAACGAUCAGGAAAAGACCAUUAUUUUGUGGUAUCUAAAUUAAUUAGAUAUGAAAAUGUCCAUACCAUUUAGAACUGGAAUGAUGAAAUAUGUGCUGUUCCAGACAGAAGCUAUAUAUUUGAUACUGUUAUAUAUUUGUCAUACGUAGUCAUACUCUUUGAAUGACUUCUAAAUAACUGAACACCUUAGACGUGUUAAUGACUAAUGUUAAAUUCGAAGGAUCAUUGUUUGCUUAAAAUAAAUGUAUUAUGUGUCAUUAUGCUUUAUCAAUAAAACUGUCCCCAAAAGG